UAUUAGUUCCCAGAAUAGACUGAAUGAUUGUGUUUUGAUUCUUCCGAUAAUUUAUACAACCUUUACAUUAUCCUAAUUUUCUGUUUCAGUGUCAUAAACAAUUAGUAUAUAAUGCAACCGCCUCAUCUGGUACUAGGAGCUGCUGCAAUGUUGCUAUUGCCGGUCAUUUCUUGCUUGCAGAAGGAUAUGACCAUCAUCAUUUCGCCGGGCGGUAAAGAUUGUUUCUACGAGACAGCCAAAGCGGGCCAAACGGUUGAUAUUGAGUAUCAGGUGAUUGAUGGGUCUCAUGGUGAUUUGGAUAUAAGUUUCAGUGUGGCAGACGCCUCGGGUCGUCUAAUAUAUGCCGACUAUAAAAAGUCGGAUAACAUUCACCGUUUCCAGCAACAGCAUGACACGGAACUGACAUUUUGCUUCAGCAACGAAUUCAGUCGUAUCAACAGCAAAACGGUGUUCUUCGAAAUCAUCAUUGAGAAAGAAGACGAAGAUGCCGGGUGGAGUAAUUUCGAUAUUCUGGAAGGCCUAAGUCCGGAGGAGUUUUAUGACAUGAAGGUGCAGGAUAUAGAAGAUAUUAUCAAGCGCGUCAGAAACAAUUUAACAAAGGCUCGUCAGAUCCAGGAUAUGCUUCGGUCACACGAAGCACGCGAUCGAAACAUUGCCGAAGAGAAUUACUUCAAAGUAAAUGCUUGGUCUUUUUUCCAAGUCAUAGUUAUGAUAGGUGUAGGCUUUUGCCAAGUAAUAAUGGUAAAAAGUCUGUUCGAUAUCGAUUCGAAAGCGCACAAACUAUGGAGCAAAAUGUGAAACGUCGAACAUGCGACGUCCUUCUCCUGAUAUAAUUUUCUGGAUUUUUUCUUUCUACUCAUACCGAGCGGGAGUGUAAAUGGCGAAAAGCUCGAAUAUCUAAUACCAAAGUGAUUUUGAAAUCGAUUGAAUGGUCAAAUACAUGGUGCCAGUUAUUUUUAAAA